UUCGACCCUCUUAGAAGUUCUUUUUUUUUGCACAAUUUUUUUUGGACUUAAGGAAUGAUAGCGUUGCUCAUCUCUUUUGGUGUUCGAGCCUUGAAGUAGGACAAAUCAUAUAACAGUGUCAAUCUGUUCAUUAGAUCGUAACUUCUAUAAAAGCACAAUCUACAUGAUGUUGCCCUUUCCAUGCUUGAAGAGACAUUGCUUCAGCUGGCUCAAGCACCCAAAAGGGACUGACAGGCCGUAGCUUGGAAGCACAUCUUGGCAGGCUGCGAUGGCGGCAUGCACCCAACAAAGCCCAGAGUGGUUAGCAUACUCUGAAUGUCUUUCCAACUGUACAUGUGGAGUGACCAACCUGAACUAUAUGGACUACUGCCGGGAGCGCUUUGUUAGGAAUGUCACAAGACAUGACCUUUGCCUGUGUUUGACUACUCGAUGCAUGGUGCGAUGCUUUCGAGAAGCAGGAUGUGGAGAACUUGGCGGGUGUGCUGCGUUGGAGCUGCAGAUGCCUUGUAACCUUGGCUGUGCAAGAAACGGCUCGGAGCCUUCCAAGCGUUGGGCAUGGCCGACGAAUGAGUGGCCGUGCAUUUCCAGCUUGGAAACCUCAAACUUCGACAGCGUUGAGAAGAUGGAUGAUGUGGAUAGUGCACUCAUCGCUACCAUUGGGGUAGCAUGUUUUGUGGUGAUCAUCAUUAUGUUUAUUUGCUUUUGCACUUGCCGCUACGUUCGAACCGGCAGAUCAGCAAUGGAAGCUGACAUGAGUGGGAGGGCCUGAUAUGGGCGUUUCACCCAGUUGUACAACUUCUCCUUGUGAAGGCCAGCACUGGCUGGGGAAAGUGUAGAACUGCUCAGCAGGCUAGGCAUAAACGCCUCACAAUAGAUGUCGGAAGUUUCGUCGUGCCUGCAACUCUCAAAGAGAA